AUUAAUGGCGGAUGAAAUAAUUAAAAUCAAUAACGAAAAAUAAUCAGAGGAAUAAAAUGAAGCAAAUGAUAAUAAUCAAGAAAAUAAAAAGGACGAAAUUGAGUAAGAAGAUAAAAUGAAAGUUGACUUAGAACAUAAAAAUUAAGAGGAAGAGAAAAUUUCAAUAGAUUUAUGGGAAACCAUAAUAUAAGGAAAUUUUGAUAUGAUUUAUUGUUUUGAUGGCUUAAUUGAUUACGAUUCUUUUGGUCCAUAAGGAUUUGGAAUUGUUCAUUAUUUAACAACUUAAGGAUAGUUAGAGGGUUUAAAAUUAUUGAAGCAAAGAGGUGCUAAUUUAGAUUUAUAAACUUAAUUAAAAUAAAAUGCAUUAGCUAUUGCUUGCAAUUUUGGUUUUAUUGAGAUUAUUAAAUAUUUAAUUGAUUAAGGUUGUUCAUUGAAUAACACUAAUUUAUAGAAUAUGUCACCAUUAUCAUAUUCCAUUAAAAAUAAAAAAUAUGCCUUAAUAUUUUAUAUUUUAACAAAAGUAGAAUUUAAAAAUUUAUCAGAUAAUUAUGGAAACUCUUUUGUUCAUUAUUCUGCAAUGGAAAAUGAUAUUAAUAUGCUUUAAUUUUAUAAUGCUUUUUAAUUAGAAUACAAUUUAUUUGAUAAUAAAGGAUAAACUCCAUUAACGAAAGCAAUUAAUAAUUGUGCUAUAGAAGCAGUAAAAUUAUUACUCAGCGUUGAUCCAAAUCUAGUAGAAUAUGCUAUUGAUUUUGAUGUAGUAAAUUCAAAUCAAAAAAUGAAAUCUUUAAUUUAAUAAGCUUAAUUAUAAAAAAUGUUAUCCUAGAAUCAAAUAUAUUAAAAAAUAAUCAAAAUAAUAAAAAAACAUUAAAAAUAUAUUGUAAUCAGCAUUUUAGUUUUGUUUAUUUUUUUUGAGCUAAUUCUUUUUAUAAUUAGUGAAGUAUAGAAAGUAUGAUAAUUAAAUUAUUUAUUUUAGACUUUAAAUGAUGGAUUUUUAGGUUUAAUAUUUGAUAUUGGUUUUAUAAUUGGUAUGUUAUAUUUAAUAUUUUAUGUUGUUUGGUUUAUGUUGAAAUCUACAGAUAAUUAGAAAUAAGGAACUAAAGUCUUAAAAUAAAGAACACAAAUAGUAAAUAAUGAAAAUAGUGAAGCUUAAUAAGUAAAUUUAAUGGUUUAAGAAUAAAAAUAAGAAUCUAAAAAAAAAGAAAAAAAAGUUAAUCAAUUUAAAUCGUCUACAGGAAAGAAUUUGAUAUAAUCAGACGAAUAUAUGCCUAUGGCAUUUCAUACAACUAAUGAUUAGAUUUAAGAGGAUGAUGAGGAAGAAGAAAAUGAAGAAUUAAUCAAUAAUUAAUAAGAGUAAGAGUAAGAGGAAUUGAAUGAAAAAGAGAAAUUCUUAAAAAAAUUUUAAAGAGAGAGUUAAAAUAAAUUUAAUUUAUAUCAAAUUGAUCUAACACCCUCUUUUUUAGAAGGUGUUAGUCUGAAGGAUUUUUUGAAAUUAAAUUAUAAAGCAGUUGAAGAUUUAAUUGAUCAAAUGCAUACAAAACCUUCUUAUUAUUUUAAAUUUGCAAAUAAAAUAAAUUAAUUUAAAUAAGAAAUAGAUUCACUUUUAGAAAUAAAUGAUCCUUUAUGGUAUAAUGGUUUUACUAUCAUUCAUUUAGUUUAUUUUUUAUUUGAGACAAAUAGAUUUAAAUUAAUAUAAAGAAUAGAUUGGAAUAGAAUUUGUUUUACUUGUCUCUCAUAUAAAUUGCCUAGAACUUAUCAUUGUUCUAGUUGCAAUAUGUGUGUAAAUUAUUUAAGUUAAAAAUAUAGGUUAAAGAUUAUCAUUUUCAUUCUAAAUUUUUAGGGAAAUGUAUAAAUUCGACAAAUCAUUUAUUUUAUUUUCUUUUAGUUCUUUCAUUAACGAUAUUGAUUGAUUUUUAUCUUUUAUUUACGUUUUUGCAUUACUAUGAUAAAAUCAACUCUAUAGUCAUAUUGAUACCAAAUAUAUUUUUUUUGAUAGAUUAAUUUAGUAGAGCAUAAUCAUUUAUAUUCUUAAUAAAUGUAGCAUUAUCCUUUAUUUUAAAUUUUGAAUUUUUAGUUGAAGUAUUAAUAUUAUUUUAUUGAUUAGAUAACAUGUAUAUUGAAUAAUAUGACUCGUAAUGAACUUUUUAAUAGCCAUAGAUAUAAAUAUUUAUAUAUGCCUGCCUUUUUAUCAAAUGGAUAAGUCUAAAUGAGAUACACUAAUAGAUUAGAAUAAGGAAUAGCAAUAAAUUUGUUUAAUUUUAUAAAAAAUUCAUUCAGAAAUUUAAAAUUAAUAUGA